ACAGUGAGAGAGCUAGCGAGAGAGAGAGAGAGAGAGAGAGAGAGAGAGAGCGAGGGAAGAACAAGGCAGUUGAUUUGCUUUUGCUUUCACUUUGCACUCUCGGGAGCUGACUCACUGAGUAUCUGUGUCCCACACGCACACACACUCCCAAACACACAAGAAAUUAGCUGAAAGGACAGAAAAACCCACCCUGCACCUUCUACAUGGCUUUCAAAUACCCCGAAGCACGACGAGACGAGAGUAAGGUGGAUGACUAUAAUGGUGUAAAGGUCCCUGAUCCAUACUGGUGGCUGGAGGAUCCUGAUAGUGACGAGACCAAGGCGUUUGUAGAGGAGCAGAAUAAACUGACCAUGCCGUUCCUGGAUCAGUGUGAGGUCCGAGAGCAGUUUCAUCAGCGACUCACUGAACUGUACAACUACCCCAAAUACAGCUGCCCCUAUAAGAGAGGAAAAAGGUAUUUUUACUUCCAUAACAAGGGACUGCAGAAUCAGGACGUGUUGUACGUACAGGAAUCUCUGGACAGUCCGGCUUCUGUCUUCUUCGAUCCUAACACACUGUCUGAGGACGGAACCGUGGCUCUCAAGAUGGGCCGCCUGUCGGAGGAGUGUGAGUAUUUUGCGUAUGGUCUGAGCAGCGCCGGUUCUGAUUGGGUGACGGUGAAGUUUAUGAAGGCUGAUGAUGUCACUCAGCUUCCUGACGUCCUGGAGAGAGUGAAGUUCAGCUGCCUCGCUUGGACCCAUGACGCCAAGGGCAUCUUCUACAACUGCUACCCCCUGCAGCACGGCAAGGCCGACGGCACGGAGACGACCACUAACUUGAACCAAAAACUCUACUACCAUGUGAUCGGAACCAGCCAAUCAGAGGACGUGUUGGUGGCCGAGUUCCCAGAGCAUCCGAAAUGGCACAGCGGCGUCACUAUAUCCGAUGAUGGACGUUAUGCCGUGUUGACCAUCACUGAGGGCUGUGAGCCUGUAAACCAGUUGUGGUACUGCGACUUACACCAGCUUCCCAACGGCAUCUCAGGUUUGUUGCCGUGGGUGAAGCUGGUGGAAACGUUUGAGGCGCAGUACUCCUACGUGACCAACGAGGGCACUGUGUUCACCUUCCGCACUAACCUGGACGCUCCGCGGUACUGCGUCAUCAACAUCGACCUGCAGAAGCCGGAGAGGGAGAACUGGAGCACGCUGAUCCCUCAACACGAGAAAGACGUCCUGGGGUUUGUGCAAUGUGUGAAUCAGAGCUUCCUGUUUGUGAAUUACGUACGUGACGUGAAGGACACGCUCCACCUGUACGAGCUCUCGAGCGGCCGCUGGAUUCGCGAGCUGCUGUUAGACGUGGGCACGGUGGCGGGGCUCAGCUGCAAGAAGAAAUACUCCGACAUCUUCUACAAGUUCACCUCCUUCACCACACCCGGAAUCAUCUACCACUAUGACCUGAGCAAACCGGAAGCAGAGCCCACGGUGUUCAGACAGGUGGAGGUGAAGGGCGUGCAGUUCUCCGAUUAUCAAACCAGCCAGGUUUUCUAUCCCAGUAAAGAUGGCACGAUGAUCCCGAUGUUCCUGGUUCACGCUCGUGGUUUACAGAAGGACGGCUCACACCCUGUAUUUCUGUACGGAUACGGAGGCUUCGAGAACGCCAUUCAACCUUACUACAAUACAGCGAACCUGCUCUUCGUCAGACACCUGGGUGGGAUUCUGGCCGUGGCCAACAUCCGAGGAGGAGGAGAAUACGGUCAGACGUGGCACAAAGCGGGAACCUUGGCCAAUAAGCAGAACUGUUUCGAUGACUUUCAGUGUGCAGCCGAGUUUCUGAUCCAGCAGGGCUUCACCAUGCCGAGCCGCAUCGCCAUCAACGGAGCCUCUAACGGAGGACUGCUCGUGGCUGCGUGUGUGAACCAGCGUCCGGAUCUGUUCGGCUGCGCCGUGGCCGAGGUCGGAGUCAUGGACAUGCUCAAGUUUCACAAGUUCACCAUCGGCCACGCCUGGACCACCGACUACGGCUGCGCGGACGACCCCGAGCAGUUCAAAUGGCUCAUCAAGUACUCACCCCUCCAUAACCUCCCGUCCACGGAUUCCGAGGCCCCGCCCUUCCCAGCCAUUCUGCUGCUGACGGCGGAUCACGAUGACCGCGUGGUUCCUCUGCACACGCUGAAGUACGCGGCGACGCUGCAGCACAAUGUGGGUCAGCGAGCCAAUCAGAAACAACCGCUCCUGCUCCGAGUGGACACACGCACCGGACACGGAGCCGGAAAACCCACUGCCAAGGCCAUCCUGGAGGACACACACAUCUUCUCUUUUAUAGCUCAGACUCUCGGCCUCCACUGGAGAGAGUGAGACAGAGAGAGAGUGAGACAGAUAGAGAGAGAGAGAGAGAGAGAGAGGAUGAGGGAAAUAUCACAGUAUAGCACAGAAUUACACAUUUAAAAUAAACCAGCAACAGGAUCUUACCUAUGUGGGUUGCCAGGUAUAUUAGAAAAACCUUCACAAGGAGAUUUUUAAAUCUUCAGAAAUCACACUGCUAUUGUUUCUAAAUCAGGGCCAAAUCUUCAGCAAUAAUGAGCUAGGUUACCUUUUUUUUUUAAUAAAUAAAUUGUACUUUGAGUAGUUUUAAUGGGACAUUUUCACUUCUACUUGUGUAAAAGCAAAAUUAUAAAAUUUCUCAUGUGUCUUUACUUCAUUACAUUCAUAAAUGUCACUCAUUUUCCCCUCUGGCUGAAUCCCAAAUGCAGCUCUAUCGGGUAUUUAGUGUCCUGGCUCACUGCUGUGUAACACCCCGUGUAGUGAGCAGAUGUAGUGAAUAGAAAGUCAUUUGGGUUUCAGUCACAAAAUAAAUCGGAAAUAUCGAUAAAGUGAUGAAUUUGGCUUUAAACACUUUUACAUUCACACUAUAAAUGUAACGGCUGGAUGUGUCUCUGUUUCUUUAAACAAUCGUUUUUAAAAUCAUGAAUAAAAUAAAAUGUUUUAUUUCUCAGA